CUCGGGCAUAAUUAUUCGCCGCAUCUUCCUUUCCUGUGAUCAAUUGCUCCGGAUGGAAUAAUUGUCGAUAGGUUCCUGUUCUCACUUCGUCUGAAGAAAAUUAGUUACUUGAUGCAGCAGUUCAAUGGAAUUUUUAGAAUAUUUUGGAAGAUGAAGAAAAAAAGAAAUACCUUCGCCACCAAGAUUGAGGAGAUUUUUUUGAAAAUGGCAAAAUAUAAGGAAUAUUUGAUGAUGAUUGAUUUAAACAAUUUUCGUUUAAAUUUAAUUGACAAUCGACAUCGUUUUUCAAAUCAUUGAGAAUAUUUCGGUCAAAGAUGAAGAAACCACAUCGAUGCAUACUAUUGGCAUUUAUAGUCUGGGUAAACUUGAAAGAAUCUUUCAGUUUACCGGUUCCUGAAGAUGAGUUGGACACUUCGACAAGAUUGCUUGGUUCCAGUGUUGUAACAUCCGUUUCAAUUGUUACGGGAGGCGAAAAAAAUGGUGGAAGAAUGUCACAAAGCAGAAAAGUUAUUUCUGGACUUGAUCUUCCACCAUCACCAGGUGGACUUUUGCGACCCGAUAGAUUUCAAUUUUAUACUCUUAACAAGAAUGGAGAAGUUGUCACUAAGCAGAUGACGGAAAAGGAAAUUCAAACACUUAUUGCUGCUGGUGGUGGUCAUUUUCCUACGGAAAUCCAUGAAACUCAAACGGCUGGCGAUGUACCAACUUCCGGCAUGAAGGUGGCAGACGUUGUACAAAAUGUGCAAAAUGUUCUAAAAAGUGAACUCAGCAAACCAACAACAGUGAUGACAUCAGUGCCAACAAUUCCCGGCCAUGCGACAGACGAAUGGAGCAGUAUUUUGCCAUCAAUUUUGGCUGGAGAUAUGGAAACACAAUCGUUAGCCAUUCCCGAUUCUGAAAUAAUAGAAAUGAAAAAUAAUUCACCUAUUUUGGAAAUGGAAACAAAACCCCAACCAACAAGUGAUUCAAAAUUAAAACCCAACAUUACUUCUACGACCUCCACGAAAAAACCUAUCAAAGAACCUGAAAAUCCUCCAAUAGUGAUGAUUCACAAGCCAAUUAUUGAAAAUCAUUUCAAAAAACCCAUAAUAGUUGACAGCCAUCCUCAUGAUUCUAUUCCUGUCGCCACUUAUUUUGAACAAAUCAGUACCACGAAACCUGAUAAAAAUCCAGAAAAAUUGUCCCCAAAACCUUUGAGGCCAAAUGAUGAUUCACCAUCCAAGUUUUCUGUUGAAAAACCAACGAAACCUUUAAAUGUUCCUCAAGGAACGAUCAAAAAACCCUCAUACAAUCCUUCUACUUCUGAAAAACCAAUUCCAUCAAAAACUACUCCAGUUCCAUUGAAGACAACACCUUUGAAGACGAAUCCUAUUCAAAAAACAACUCAAGCUCCUUUGAGAACAACUCCUUCAAAAACAACCAAAAGACCAUACUACACCUUCCGACCAGAAUAUCCACCAGUUUCCUAUUCCGAAAUUCCAAUGAUCCCCGUUCACGUAAUCACGGCUGAUCAAAUAAUGACAUCAACUCCUCUUUAUCAAAAAGACACGGCUCCGGUAUUUCAAGUGUUAAACACAAUUUCCGCCGACACUGCAUCUAAUUCUACAAAGAUUAUCGAAGAUCUAGGCAAAUUCUCGUAUCCAGUCUAUAAGCCUGAUAAAACAACAGAGAAGCCAACUAGCGAGAGACCAAAAACAACACUACCAGAGAUCAUUAUUUCCGAAACGAGUCUUUAUACAAAACUCCCUGAAUUAGUAACCGUUCCGGCAAAAACUGAAGUUCCGAUAUUAAGCGUUAUUUCGGAAACUCACACAACUUCUGUAAAAAUUCCAGGAUUCCCGGAAAUACCCGUGACAUUGGAAAAAGUUGACAGCACUGUUAAACCGGAAAUAAAGACCACAAUUGCCAUGAAAGUCGAUACCAAUCAGAAACUUGAUAAACCCCUUGUUGAUGAUCAUGUAAUUGAUUCCAUAAUUAAUCCGUUAGUAAAACCUACAGCCAAGCCUUUAGGUGACGAUUCUUCUGAUUCUGAAGUUGAUAAAGCUUCAACUAUGUACGAUGCUACAACACUGCUCUUUGACUCUGAAUCAACAAUCAAUUUUGAACCUAAAACAACAACUCCGAUGUUCGAGACCAAGGCAACAACAACACCAAAGUACGAAUCUAAAACAACAAAGUACGAAUUUAAAACAACACCAAAGUACGAAUCUAAAACAACAACAAAGUACGAAUCUAAAACAACACCAAAGGACGAAUCUAAAACAACACCAAAGUACGAAUCUGAAACAACAUCAAAAUACGAAUCUAAAACAACACCAAAAUACGAAUCUACAACAACUCCAAAGUUUGCGUCUAAAGCAACAACUGAAAAAUACGAAUCUUUACAAACGACUCAAGCAUUAGACUCCAAAGCACCAGUCACUGAUGAUAUUACCGAAACAACGGAUGCAGAUUUUACGGCCACCAGUCCUUUGAAUAAAUACUUCGAAACGACAGAAUACAUCUCCGAAGUGACAGCCCUGAAGGAAACUCAAUUCCAAAGGAUUCCAAAUUUGUCUGAUGAGGUAAUCUCUCCUGAGACGUCAGCUAUUGAGAAGAUCAUUGAGACCCUGCACAAUCCAGCGGAGAGCAAAUUUGGAACCUCUACGAUUAUUGACAUUAAUGCAGAAGAUCAGGAAUUAGAAUUUUCCACAACCUUCCGAAUUCUUGGAGAAGAUUCAACAACUAACGCUUAUACCUUCAAUCCAUCAACAAUCGAUAUUGACAACACUGAGACAGUCAGCACCAAGAUUAAAUCCUCGACUAUACCUACUGUUGAUCAAUCUCUGGAAAUGACAACCAAACCCUAUGAACCACUACCAACUGAAUUGGCUGAUUCAUUAUCAAGCAUGAUCUCUCAAAUUUCGGAAGCUGUGCCUUCUUUGGUUUCGCAAAAUUCCUUAUUGACCGAAGAGCCUCUGAAGGAUGAUUUCGAUAAUAAUGACACUUAUCAGCAAAAUACGGAAUCAUCAAGAGUCACUCAGGAUUUGCUUGGUUUUGAGACGACAUUCUAUAAGCAUGCCAAUGUCGACAUUGGUGCAACUGUUCGGAUGGAAGACAGCACUGAGAAUCUGAAAGAUUUGGAUUCAACUUCGAGGCCCGAGUCGGAAAUUUCGAAAACUGACGAAUCAGUCAAAGAAUCUUCAACAAUUUUAUCUUCCGAAUCUCCUAUUUCUUCUCCUAUGAAUUCAGUUACUAUUUCUUCUUCAACUUCAGGAAUGCCUUUCUCAGUAUUAACUUCUUCAGCUACAUCUUCAUUAUCUUCAGCAUCUUCUCCAGCAAUAUUUUCAGUAUCUUCUUCAUCAUCCUCUUCAACAGCUUCUUCAUCAGCAACUUUUGCAACAGAAGCUUCGGCAACAUCUCUUUCUACAGCAGAUACUACAGAAAAAUUGAAAACUUCAUCACUCAUGGAACAACCAAAUAAACCAAUGGGAUCAGAGAAUGACCAAAUUCCACAGAGUGAUGAAUCUCAUAAAGUGUCUUCAGUUGAUACAACUGAGAAGCCAAUUAUCCGUGUGGAUGUUACGGAAGCUGGAAGCACAAUACCACCAGCUGAUGUUGAAAAUAAUGGAAUUACUGAAUCAUCUGUUAUUAGAAUACACAUGGCUGAUGCAGUUUCCAUGAUCAACAAUCUAUUGGAAACGGCACCUCCUCAAACAACGGCCUCCUACGUUCCACUCACUUUACCAGAAAAUGAAAAUAGCUCACCUAAUCUCAUUGGUAGUGGUCUUGUUGCUGGAUUCCUUCCCAAAAACGAGACUAAAUUUGUUCCAGUUAAACUUCAAAAUGAAGCAUCAACUGACGUUCCUUUAAUUCAAAUUAAAGAAACGGAAAAUAAGAUUACUGAAGAUGUCAAAAACACAACAGACAAAAUCCAAAACUCUGACAGCAAAACAAAAGACUCUGAAGAUAAAACUAAAGAUACUGAAGGUAAAAUUAAAAGCACAGAAAGUGGAACAAAAAAUAAUGAAGGUAAAAUAGAAAACACUGAAGAUAAUAAAGAUAAAAUCAAAUUGUCCGAAGAAAAGAUUAAAGAUCAAAUUAAAGAUUCCGAAGAGAAGAUCGAAGUUUCUACAAAAGUAGAGGAAAAAAUAAAAACAACUGAACAAGUGGAAAAGGUUCAAAAUACUGAAGAAAUAAAGAAAGAAGAAACUACCAAAAAUACAGAAUCAAUAAAGGAGGAAAAAAUCAAAACCGCUGAACAAGUAAAAGACAAAAUCAACACCGAAGAAAUAAAGAAGGAAGAUAAAAUCAAAAAUUCCGAAGAAUUAAAAAAGAAAGAUGAAAACAAGAAUACCGAAGAAAUAAAGAAGGAAGAUAAAAUUAAAAAUUCAGAGACAAUAAAGAAGAAAGAUGAAAAUAAUAAAGUCGAAGAAAAAGAAGAUAAAAUAAAAAAUACCGAAGAAAUAAAGAAGAAAUAUGACAACAAGAAUACAGAAGAUAUGAAGAAGGCGGAUAAAACCAAGAAUAACGAAGAAAUGAAGAAGGAAGAUAACACCAAAAAUUCUGGGGAAAUAAAGAAGCAAGAGAAAAUCAAGAUUGAAGAAGUGGAUAAAGAUCAAAGGAUCAAUAACUCCGAUCAAAAUAAAAAAGUUACUAAUGAAGCUAAAAUUCCGUCCAUUAAUGACAAGAUUUCAUCAUUGACAGCUGAAAAAGAAAUUAAUUCUAACGAAUCCAAAACAAAAGUAGAAUUUAAAACGGAAACUCCAUCAGAAACGAAUUUGUUAACGACAAUUUACGAUAAAUUUGAAGUUACCACUAAAAAAAUGAACGAAAAUACAACUCCAAAUUCUGUAAAUAAAAUCGACACACCCAUUUCCUUAUUACAGACUCAAACUGAAGACAAGUUGAAGACAACAAUAACAUCUCCUCUAAAGAAAAAUGCAACAAAAACUCCAUUAAAAUCAGAUCAAAUUCCAAUUAUUCAGAAAGAAAGUCCCACCAAAUUGGAGAAUAUCACAAAUAUUGUUAUCAAUACAACUCCUAAAUCAUUUACAAAAAUUUCAACAACAACAGCAACUAAAUCAAAUACAAAAAUAGGUACAACGACAAUUAAAUCAAAUAUUGAAAAUACAGUUACAACGCCAAAAUCAACUUCUAUUGAACCUUCGAAGCUAGUUUCGCAAAGUGUUAACAAAACCAGAAAACCCGAAAUUCCUGUAGUUCGAAUAGACAUAAGUCCAGAAACAAAUCAAAUGCCAUCUAAACUUCCAAUGAAUGAUCCAAUCUUCAUGAUUCAUCCUGAACCAGUUGAGAAAAUUUCAAAACCAAUUAAUUCAUCAUUUACACAGGAGUCUGAAGCUAACGUAAAAGUAACUCUGAUCAAUGCUGAUCAACAAUUUGCCAAUGACAAUAAAUUAAAGAGAGUCGAUGCAACAACCGCUGCCAGUGUUGUCGAUCAGACAAAGAAAAUUGGCGAAAGUCAAGAAUUACGAAUUCGAGUCAAUGAUACAGCAGUCCUAGUUUCUAAAAUACCAUCUCCAAUGAUCCCAAUAAAUGAGACAAAAACUAAGCAAUCGUCAACUGAAGAAAAAAAUGUCGAAGCUUCUCAAAAUUCUACAAUCCCGGCUCAAAUAUUGCAAAAUGAUACAAAAAUGGUGAUUGUCAACACCACUCAAUCGGAAAAGGUUCACGAAGAAAUGAUUCCAAUUGGAUUUACCGUAAAACCAAUUUCCAAUCACAAGGAAAUCAUUGAUCAAAGUAUGGAAGAUGCCUACAAUAAACUUGGUGAGUUUACAAAACCGAUAGGUUCAUCAAAGAAGAAUGUCACCACUUUUGCAACGAGACCGCAAACAUCGGGAAAUAAAGUGACGAAACCUGUGAGACCAUUAGAAGGAUCAUUGAGACCAGGUUCAUUUAAACCUCCAAUUGGAUCUAGUACGACGAAACCAUUGGAAUCCUAUUCAGAGCCAUCAGGAUCGGUGCAAUUUUCAACUUCAAGACCUUCGGCAGCAGGAGCUGUGCAAUCCAGACCCAGUGGAUUAAGACCAUCAUCAGGAUCUCAUUUUUCAAGACCAUCGGAAGCAGCAGGAGCUAGUGGUUUCCGUCCAUCAUCAGGAGCUUCUUCUUCUUCUUCUUCUUCAAGACCAGGAGAUACACUAGGACUUAGUGGAUUAAGACCAUCAUCAGGGGCUUCUUCUUCAAAACCAGCAGAUUCAUUCAGUCCAGUGACAUCAAGACCUAGUGGUUUAAGCCCAUCAUCAGGUUCUUCUUCUUCUUCAAAACCAUCAGAUACAUAUGGUCCAGUGACAUCAAGACCUAAUGGAAUUAGACCAUCAUCAGGAUCUUCAUCUUCAAGACCAGCAGAUACUGGUCCAAUGACAUCCAGACCUAGUGGAUUAAGCCCAGCAUCAGGUUCUUCUUCUUCAAAGCCAGCAAAUGUAUCUGUACCCAGUGGAUUUAGACCACCAUCAGGAUCAGUACAAACGCAAGCAAAACCCAAUUUUCCAACAAAGGUCAGGCCAAAUUUACACGAGCCAUUGUCUCCAAAACCAACAGACACAACAAAAAUCAAGAAACCCGAUGAGAAUUUAACGGAUGAUAAAUGGGCGCUUAUUCCCCAACCAAAUACAUCAAAGCUUACUAAACCAACACCUCCGAAACAUGUCACCAAACCACAAGUUCAACAACCACAAGUUGCAUUGGACAGUUCACAGAGUGCAAUUGGCCUCGAUGCAAGUAUAAGAAAUCUAGAACCCGAUGUGAUUUAUUUUUCGAAUUUAUGCAAUGAAUUGGCAUUUAGUUUUUGGAGUGCAGCCAACAAGGGAUUGAGUACAACACGUUCAUUGGUAUUAUCACCAUUUGGAAUGACAAGUUUAUUGGCGAUGGUCUUUUUGGGUGCUCGUGGUCCAACAUCAAAUGAAAUGAAUGAUGUUCUCAAAUUGGACGAUGUUGCAACAUUUAAUCCUCAUUUGGUAUUUCAAAAUAUCACCGACACUGUGAGUCUAUCGAGAAAACAGGGAAUCGCUAACGCUGCCUUUGUUCGUGAAUUGUUUGCCGAUAAAUCAAAAGUUGGUAAAUUAAUGCCAUUCUAUAAGAAGCAGGCACAUACAUUUUAUGAGGGAAUCGCUGAGGAGGUGAAUUUUGCAGCAAUUAAUGAUAUUGUUAAACGUCGAACAAAUCUUUUAAUUAAAAAACAAACGGACAAUAGAAUUAAAGAUUUUGUUCGUACAAAUACUGUGAGUUUGCGACCACCAUUGGCGGCAUUAUCAGCAAAUGUUUUUCAAACUGAAUGCAGUGGUGCAAGUUCAGAUGGACGCGAUGGUGAAUUAUAUUUUUCAGUUUCGCCUGCCAUUAGACAACGACAAUUGGUGCGUGUGCCAGCGACACUAUGGAAAUCGGGUGUACUAGCUGGUUAUGAGCCAAGUUUAGAUGCAACUGCAAUUGCAUUGGGUGGAAUUGAAAAAUUGGUAUCGACAAUAUUUGUGAUACCUGGCCAACAGGGUCACAUGGCACCGGGUGAUAAUUUGGAUAAUCUUGAAAUACGUCUGAUGAGAGGUGCACAAUAUGAUGGUGCUUGGGAGAAAUUGCUCAAAGUUCUUAUUCCACGUUCAUCAUUGGAACUUCAAGUACCUAAAUUUAGUCAUCGUUCAAUUGUCAAUGCAACUGCUGCACUAAAGAGAAUGGGAUUGGGUGAACUUUUUUCAAAACACGCUGAUCUCAAGGGUAUCAAUGGAAUUGGUCAGGAUUUACAUUUUGCCGAUAUUCUUCAGAUUAAUCUGUUCAGUACAUGUGGUGAUGAAAAUAUAUCGAUUGGCCGACAUCACAUGGAAACAUAUCCGGAACCACCGAUGAGGAAUUAUCGAAAGAUGACAAAUGAUGAUGAUGAUGAUGAUUCAUUGGAUGAUGAAGAUUUUUAUUCCGAGGAGCCAUCAAUCAAUAUUUCGAGUUUUGAGAAUAAUUUCUCGAGCUAUGAAUCUAUUUCGAGGACAGCGAGAAAAGCUGAAGGCAUCGAGAAACCAAAAUUGAAAUUAGACAGGCCUUUUCUGUAUUUUGUACGACACAAUCCAACUGGUUUGAUUUUACAUAUGGGAAGAUUUAAUCCUAGAAUUACAGAAAAAACGUAGGUUUAAAAAAAAAAAAUUCAAAUUUGAACUUUAGUUAAAAAAAGAAGAAUCAAUUUUUAAAAAUGAUCUUAAAUUUAUUUUAAAAUUUUAAAUCUUAGAAACGUGCUUCUAAAGCAUUUCUCAUUUAUUUUCAUUUUAUGAAACUUUUAACAAUUUAAAAUUAUUAUUUUUUGAAAAUUUUUCAUUUUUUUUAACGUUUUAAAAAUGAAUUUUUAUAAUUUCUUCCUAUUUUAGAAAUUUUUAUUUAUUCUUUCGACACGUUUUCAGGAUGUACAUCACAAAUGAUAUCAUGUGAUCUUCCUAAUCACCUGAUGAUUUUAAUUCUCCAAAAAAAAGUGAGAUAAAAAAGUCCAAUGUAUCUUUAACAAAAAAAAAAAAUUUUAAUAAUUUUUAUUUAUUAAAAAAUAAUAUAACUUUUUUAAAUUUUGGUUUAAAAAGAAAAAAUUAUAGAUAUUUUUUUUUGUAAAAAAAAUUUUCAACUUGUAUAUAUAUAUGACAAAGAUUUUAUUAAUGGAUUCUCUUUUCAAGAAUAGCUUAAUAUUUGGACUUGUUGAAAAAACUGAAAGGAGACUAACUUUUAUCUAUAUAUACAAUGUUCUUUACUUAGAAGGUAUAAUUUUACCCAUUAACCAUAAAGUAUUAACAGUAUCAUUACAAUAUAGUAUAUAUAUAUAUAUAUUUACUAUACGUAUAUUUGAGUAUAUAUAUGUGAGAAAUGGGUUAAGUCUGUGUACAUAAAGU